AUGUCUAGGCUUUUGAGACAGCCCAUUUCUGGAGCCGCUAGUAGCCCCCAGAUUGUUUUGGUGGGGUGCUCAUGGUGCGCAUUGAUCCAAUAUUUAGACUUUCUUCGUCUCCAAAGACUUGACGAGGUGAACAUGCCAUCCUCGGGGUCGUGCCUGGCGCUUCGUCCCACGGAGAAAGUCACAGUCAUUCUACGUGACGAGCACUAUCAACCGUCGCCCCAAGACGAUUGGUCGUGGGGCUUCAAGGUGGAUGAGCCAGAGAAGGAGGGCUGGUUUCCGACAUUGUCCUAUUCGCUUUACAUUGCUUUGCGUGCAGAGUCUGCGGACUUGCAUAAUGAUCCAGGCGUCAGAAGUGUGAAAGAGGGCGAUAUUUUGGUGGCGCACGUGCAGAGGGGCAAGUACGUCUUUGGCAAGCUUUUGCCGAAACUUGCUUUAUGA